AUGAGCUCUACACCAACUUCAGCGACAUCAGCAACUCAAAAUACACUCAAACCAGAUGAAUAUAACAAGGGACUAGAUCAAGAGCACAUCACCAAGUUGACACACGAAGCAUACAAACAUUUCACCGAAUAUACCAAGGCCGAAUUGAAAAUGACGGUAGAAGAUUGUCAAUUACUGGAAAAAAUGAAUACAACUACGCAGGAGAAAUAUACACAAAUGAGCGAAAUGAGCCAGCGAUUGAUGAAGGAAAUGUCGAAAUUACAAAAUACUUAUGCUGAUUUCUCCAACUUUAUACAACAAAUUGAAGACAUCCAUCAACAAUCUAUCGAGAUGGAGAACAUAGCCAAAGCAUUAGAUGAAUACUCGACCUAUUUAGAGAAUAAACUACUCAAGGUGGUGUCGCCCAAGACCACCUAG